GCCCGGUGCUGUGACAUCUGCUCCCACUCAGCUGCUCCAUCAGACGCCGGUGGCUGACGGUGCUGACAGCUCUGUCCAAGUCCAGCAAAAGGGCUCGGCCAUUGUCCAGAGAAAAUCCUACGUCCCCGCUAGCAAGGGCGAAUAUAUUGUCACCAAACUCGAUGACCUGAUCAACUGGGCGCGAAGGAGCUCCUUGUGGCCGAUGACGUUUGGCCUGGCGUGCUGCGCCGUGGAGAUGAUGCACAUGGCGGCCUACCGCUUCGGGGUGGUGUUCCGAGCCAGCCCCCGGCAAGCUGAUGUCAUGAUUGUGGCCGGCACCCUGACGAACAAAAUGGCUCCGGCGCUCCGAAAGGUCUACGACCAGAUGCCGGAGCCUCGCUACGUCGUCUCCAUGGGGAGCUGUCAGAGCCUGGGCGGUUACUACCACUACUCCUACUCCGUGGUGAGGGGCUGCGACCGCAUCGUGCCCGUGGACAUCUACGUGCCGGGUUGCCCACCUACCGCUGAAGCUUUGCUCUAUGGCAUCCUGCAGCUUCAGAAGAAGAUCAAACGGGAGAAGAGGAUUCAGAUCUGGUACAGGAAAUAG